AUGUCCAAGCGAGGGCGUACUGACGACGACUCGCGACCACCGAAGAGACCCAAGCCGGACCAUGUCCUACAGGCCGUCGUCGAGGAGAUACACUUCGCUCGACAGCUCCAGGAGCUCUUGACUUUCCGCCAGGACGGCAUCCAGCAGCUACGCGGCGGCAUCGCUUCGUUCAAAGCCUUUCUGGAGAGCGUAUGCUAUCACAGAGAUGAAGACCGUCGCAGCCGACAGCUUGCCAUCCUCCAUGAAUUCCUGGAUAGCGAGAAACCGGCCGAUGCCAACGACACUGAACGCCCGUUCUUAGCACAGCUAUGGCAGGCCUGGUCGUUUGCAAGCCAGAACAACAACGACCACCUCUGCUCCCAGAUCAGUGCUCUGUUCGCCCUCCUCGUCAAGACCUUGUCAAGCAUCCUGGACUUCCGCGAUCAUGGGGUCCUCUUAUGUCGGACAAUCUUGCAGCACCAGCAUCUGCGGAUGAUUAGACGGAGUCUGGAUGCACCCAAGCACAAGGAUUUCUUGAUCUCUCCAUGUCUGAGGCUACUGACAGAAGUCACGAGCUUCGACGGAGGACUGCUGGCCAAGGAGGUUUAUAAGCGGCGUGAGCAGACCUUCGAGCCGAUGGCGUUGAGGAGGAAUCUGGGCGCUUUCAAGACUGACCAGUCCGAGGAAGAAGCGAGAAGACGACCGGCUAUCCGAACCUUGACGAUUCGCUACAUACUAACUCAUCUGAAAUACCUCCAUCAAGGAGGCAAAGCCGAUUUGUUGAAGAAUAGGCCACUGUGCACUUCUUUGUUUCACUUUUUACAAGAUGACCCAGCUGAUGUUAUUGCUGAGCUACUCUCCGCUACUGAACAGCACGUACUCAAGGAUGCAGACCUCCCGCGUUCGGCAAAGGCGGCACUGCUGGUCGAGCACAAUCUCGAACGUGUGACGGACAUAGCCACCCGCUCAUCAGCCGAUCAUGCCGCGUUCCAAACCGCUUUUGCGUGGCUGAAGGCUGUCUGCUCGGAGCCUUCUUGCGGCGUUCUGCGAAUCAGCGGCUGGUACCCUCCUGGCACUGACAGAUUCUCCGAAGACACUCUCCGUGCAGACGCCAUUGACCUCGGCUUGGAUAGCGUUGAUUUCUACGACCGUGACCAGAAACCCAACGUCCGCAAUACUGUGCUUCUCACGUGGAUACAGACAUUGCGGCCUCACUCGAACUUGCGGGAGCGCGAGCUCUUACUCACCUGCUUUCGAUCUGCCCCAGAGCUGGUGGCUGCCUACUUUGCCGAGAAAAAUAUGCAGCUGGAGCCAAAGCUCUCCAACACCUGGAUCGGUUAUGCGUCACUGUUGUUCGAAGUGGUCCAGCUCGAUCUGCCUGCAUUCCUGGGCUACGAAGACGGCUGGGCGCAACUUCCACCCCAAACCUACAUCAUGCUCGAUAGCAUACUGCCACGCUCGUUGACACAGAAAGUACUGACCCGCUGUCUCAACCAAAGCAACGAUCUUAUUCGCUUCUUUGCCGUUCGUAUACUGGUUAUGGCGCUCCAAAAGCUCUCGGAGGUCCAGCUGCAACUUGCAAAGGGCAGCGACUCCGCGGUGAGCAAGACAGAGCUUUGGAAAGAAGCAUCAGAGCGGCUGCACGAGGCGUUUGUUGAGCGUUUUCCGGCCAUGAAAGAUGUUGUUGGCGCAUUUCGCAAGAUCCCGAACGACGACGAACAUCUAUUGCAACAAGAGGCAGUCACACAUCUGCUUCGAUUAUGCUACGAAGUGCUGCCUCUGCAGGCGGCGGCUGAGCCCUUCGAUAUCUCCGCGCCGCUUACCGCCGCUUUGGUCAAAACAGACCCGAUUGCUACGGCGGAGGAGGCCUUGCAGUCUAUACGUCUCGAGCACCUCCUGCAAAUUGCCCGUCGCAGCCCGGGUAUGCGCUGGCUUACCAAGCAAGGCGCGCUGGAGCACUCUCCGCUCAUGACGCUGCUGAAGAUUCACGCCGAGAAUGUCAACGACAGGCAAGUUCGAGACCUCAUUUGCGGGGUGCUGGCGGAGCAUAGCAUUUUGAGCACCGCGUCAGGCCUAGAUGCUCUGGUUGCCGUGCUUCACCACCUCGCGCCGGUCUCAGAAGCAGUGGCCUCCUUCUUGGACGACUGCUUCAGCCGAGCCAACAAGCAGCCGGUCAAGUAUCUGGACGAUAUGGAGGCGAUGGUGGCAAAACAUGCGGAUGACCAUGAAGGACCAAGGACUCUCCCGAGCAUCCUGCCCGCAGUGCUAGGUGAGCAGGCUGCUUACGUCGGUAACAGGCCGAGAAAGGAGCAGAGUGAGAUUGCUACCUUCAUUAUCGGCUACUUCGAUCUGCUACGAUGGACGGCAGAAGCAAAAGAUGGUCUUGAGCUCAUCCGCGAGAGUUUUGAGAGCCUCGACCGUUUUCAGGUUCUCGAGGAGCUGCAUGAUCCAAAGUCCACCCUUCUCAACGUGGAGAUAUCGAGAGCUCCCAUUGCUACAGAGGAGAACGUGAAAGCAACCGGACCGGUGCAUGUCUUGCCGUUCUCAGCACCAUCUGCGGAGUCAGAGAACCACCCAGAACUAUUGAAGUGGUCACAAAAAGAUCUUGGGCUUGCGAUCGAGGAUGGUGAUAUUGCUGCUCUCAUGCUCUGUCUAAGCUCACAGUAUCCUGAAAUCCGAUCGCAGGCACUCGUGCAGCUACACAGAGUCCUAGAGAAGGUCCUGGAGUCGACACUGGAGGACAAGAUGCAGAUCUACUUUUUGCUCGGCGAGCUGAUUGAGACGUACGAACACCCGAUUGAGACCAGCAGCGACGCGACGCCCUAUCUCGUCACCUGCUUCGCCACGCACGCGUUGGAGAUUGAGAUACAGCCGGUCCAUUACCUGUACCCGAAGAUCAACAGAUUCCUCAACAAGGGCCCGGCGUGGCGCCCCUCCAAGCUGCCCACUCACCUCCUGAAGAGAACGGUAUUGAGCGAGCCGGAGGAAGACGAUUCAUACUGGAAGGAGGUACAGUGGGUCUUGGACUGGCUAGUCGAUGGUACGCGCACCGUCGACGACCUCGAGAUCUUGCGGAAGGGAAAAGUGUUCGAGCAAAUCAUGAGCCUGUGUUCUUCGCCGGGGUCUGGGGCUCGGGUCAAGGAGAGGGUGCUUGAGUUGCUGUGGCGAGUGACGUUCAUUGAAGGAGGGAGCACGACGUUGAUCAAGCGGACGGGGUCGCUGAGCUGGUUGAACAUGGUGCCUGGCGAGGAGCGGAUCGCUGGUUUGAUGCAGGGGUUGCGCAAGAGGAUUGUCGAGACUUGCGAUCAAGAGGAGAUUGAGGAGUGGGGAGGCGUGUCCAUUGAUAUCAUGUAG